CGAGACAUCGCCCGGUCGUCACAUCUCGGGCAUCCUCCGUAUUGUCCGGACACGUCGUUCUCCAACGUUAUUUCGCUCGCUUUCGUUACAUCUCCAGAGAUACCCGGUCCUAUCCAAUCGCAUUAUAAAAGUUGCAAAAAGUGGUCGGCUGGUCUCGAGUUCACGUUCGUUGAGCCGGAGAUAACUUGGCGAAUUCGGCGAUCCAAGAGAGAAUACCUUGAUUUUCUGGACUUGUCCAGGUUCUCACAAUCAAAGUUGAACAGAAAACAAUUUUUUAAUUUAAUAAAAUCGGGAGGAGUUUGGAAACAGAAGACCAAUGUUAUCGAUCAACAUGCGUAUAUUCAAGACUGUGUUACUCAUCGCUUCCUUUGGAACGAGCGUUCGGUGUUUACCCGUCACCGAGGAGUCGCCCAAAGCUGAAGUCUCCUCCUCGGUGAUUCCGCAGGAGACAACGACGGCCGCGUCGAUUUCCGAUACCACCGAUUACUAUGAUCAGCGACAGAACGGAACCGAGAACUAUCGUAUCCACGUAGACGGUGUGGUAUUCGUAUUUGCACCGGUCGAGGCACUACUACUCAUGGCUGGCGGGACCGAUUCUAAUUUACCGAUUUCCAACCACAGUGAAUCUGCAAUUCAGUCUAUUGGCGACAGACCCAAUGCCGAUGGCAUCCACAAUAAAACCGAAUCAGCGAUCUCGAAAACAAUACAUAAAUCAGCUUUACGAUUGACGAAUCUCUUGGCGCCCUUAAUACAUCGCAUACAUCACGAACGAGGCAUAAACGUGCAUUAAAACAGCUCUUCAAUACUCGCUUCAAUAUGCAAUAGUGU